AUGACUGGUGUGAGGGAUAGAGGCUUCCCGCACCUCGGAGGUCACCUCUUCGCCAGCACCUUUUCCUUCACAGAGGCUUCCCGCAACUCGGAGGUCACCUCUUCGCCAGCACCUUUUCCUUCACAGAGGCUUCCCGCUUCAUUCCCUGCAUCGGAGGCUUCCCGCAACUCGGAGGUCACCUCGUCUGCUCCUUCAUUCCCUGCAUCGGAGGCUUCCCGCAACUCGGAGGUCACCUCGUCUGCUCCUUCAUUCCCUGCAUCGGAGGCUUCCCGCAACUCGGAGGUCACCUCGUCUGCUCCUUCAUUCCCUGCAUCGGAGGCUUCCCGCAACUCGGAGGUCACCUCGUCUGCUCCUUCAUUCCCUGCAUCGGAGGCUUCCCGCAACUCGGAGGUCACCUCGUCUGCUCCUUCAUUCCCUGCAUCGGAGGCUUCCCGCAACUCGGAGGUCACCUCGUCUGCUCCUUCAUUCCCUGCAUCGGAGGCUUCCCGCAACUCGGAGGUCACCUCGUCUGCUCCUUCAUUCCCUGCAUCGGAGGCUUCCCGCAACUCGGAGGUCACCUCGUCUGCUCCUUCAUUCCCUGCAUCGGAGGCUUCCUGCAACUCGGAGGUCACCUCGUCUGCAUCUCCAUCAUCAUCAACGGAAAAUACCUUUUCCAGAUAAGCCUUCCACUCUUUGUAGUCGCCUUCAUUGUUGUCUUUCAGUUCGUCGAUAUCAUCUUCAUCCUCAACGGACAAUACCUUCUCGAGGUAAGCCUUCCAUUCUUUGUCUCCAUUGUUGUCUUUCAGUUCGUCGAUAUCAUCUUCAUCCUCAACGGACAAUACCUUCCCGAGGUAAGCCUUCCAUUCUUUGUCUCCAUUGUUGUCUUUC